UAGAGAUUUAGUGUCAAGUAGAAUGUGUGCGGUUGCUUUUCGCGGAAAAUUAGCUGAAAAUUUGCGAUUUGGUCAUAUUUUGGAAAUUUCCGGUAAAGCGAAGAAUAAUGCAGAGAGUUUUCGCAUAUCCCUGAAAUCUUCAAAGCAUGAUCAGUAUGUGGGCCUUCAAAUUGUUGUGAUUUUUCACGAUGAUAAAUUUUUUCUAAAGAACUGCUUGAACGGUGAAUGGAGUGAUGAAGUGCCACGAAACUUUGACACCUCUGUCUUCAAAAGCGAUUUUAAAAUCUAUAUCGCCAUGGGCGAAGAGAAUUUCCAUAUCAACAUAAAUAAGAGCCAUUUGGAAUAUUACAAAUACCGCAAGCAUCCAUCAUUGAUGACUAUUGUGGAAAUCGAUGGUGAUUUGGAUUAUAUUCGCCAGUUGGACCAUAGGAAAUAUUUUCCUUACUUAUGGCCACCCAGUCAGGCGGUGGAGAGGCAGCGUUUGCAAUUUAGUGCUGAGAUACCAAUGUCCUUUAGGGCUGGCCAUGUCAUUAAGGUCGCCAUGACACUGCAUGGCAAUGCAAAUGGUACUUUUGUUACCCGUUUGAGGAAUAUAAGGGACAUGGAAAGGGAAGAAUUUCAUAUGAGCGUUCGCUUUGGUUACAAUGCCUUAGUGAGGAAUGCCAAAAAUAGACUAAAGGAGGAUCACUAUAUAUUUGGCGAGGAAGAAAGAAGUGGCAGCUUUCCAUUUACUGAUUUCUCCCAAGCCUUUGUACUUGCCUUUGCUUUUACCGAUAAGGAAUUGAAGGUAGCCAAAGAUGGGAAACUUCUUUUUGCAUUCCAUUGGCGAACUUUUGAUGUAUUGCCCUUGAUUGCUGGCUUAAAACUGGAUGCUAGCGAUGACGUCAAAAUUGUGGUCAGUCAACUUGAGCAUAUUCAAAUGGAGGAUGAUUUGUGCCGUGCAUUUGAACAUUUUUCUGUAUUGUAACACACAUACGAGUCUUAUUGAAACACUGAUUAUAAACACUUGUUAUAAUAAAUAUGAUAUUCUUAAGACCAUUUAA